CAAGUUGAGCGCACGCGUCUCGGCAACACUCCACUCACCACGCGCACCGUUCAAACAAAAACAAACCAAAUAACAACAACUUGCAUGCUCAGAUUCAUCAGACAGUAUUGCAACAUGAAACCACCGGUCAAUGGCGCCGCCCUCCUUCACGAUGUGGACAUCCCCACGAAGAAGGCAACAUUCGGCAUGGGCUGCUUCUGGUCCAACGACUCGCUAUUCGGCGCUUCACCAGGAGUUAUUCGCACACGUGUUGGCUACGCGGGCGGCACCACAAAGAAUCCACAUUAUAGAAACAUUGGAGACCACACAGAAGUAAUAGAAUUAGAUUUUGACCCGAAGACUGUUACGUAUGAAGAACUCCUUGAUAUGUUUUGGGCAAACCACGAAUAUGGACUCACCACAAAAAUAAAGAGACAGUACAUGUCCUUGAUUCUGUAUCACGAUGAAGAGCAGCGAGAGGCUGCCGAGGCAUCGUACAAGGUGAUGCAGACACGCUACGGUCAGCUAAGAACAGAAAUAGCACCAGCAGGCACAUUCUACCCUGCAGAAGAUUAUCACCAGAAAUACCGGUUGCAAGGUCACAAGGACCUCUGUCGGAGCUUAGGGAUAAACUCCUCGCGAUUGCAGUCGUCGCAUCUGGCUGCUAGACUGAACGGGUAUCUAGUGGGGGUUGGCGGGAAGGACCAGUUCGAAGGAGAAGUGGCUAAGUUGGGCCUGGAUGAGAAGCAGGCUGACUAUGUGAGGAAGGAGCUGGAACGCAACGAAGGUGGCGGCCUGGCUUGCUAGCCACAAGCAAGUCAUAAUAACAAAUCGAUAAAAAACGUUGAGUUGAGGACUAUGUAGAAGAAAAGUAUAAUUUCCAGGGAACUUUUUAUUCAUUAGCAU